AUCAGCUGAUGCUUGCCCGUUACUCCGCUGCUUUUUGUAACAAGCUAAACUAACAGUGACCAUGGAUGUGAGCCCGGUUCACACGGGGACGGUGUAGCAGUGUCACCGGACAACUAUAACACCUGUCCACGGUGGCUUCCCUCUUCUCCUCACCAAUAUCUGUGUAAUUUCUACAUUGUCUGUGCAGUCAGCCGGUUAUCUUUGCGACUUUUGCCCUCUUUAUCCCGCUGAGGCUCAUGCUAGUGGGUUAGCCUGCUAGCUAAUUAGCUCGAAGCUUUGCAUUGUGAGGCUAACUAACAAUCUGGAUUUAACGGACAUGAGAGAUGGCAUCUGUUCGGGUGGCUGUCCGGGUGAGACCCAUGAACAGGAGGGAAAAGGACUUGACCGCAAAAUGCAUUAUCAAGAUGGAAGGGAACAAAACCUCCAUCACCAACCUGAAGAUCCCCGAUGGUACCGCUGGUGAAGUGUUGCGGGAUCGAAUUAAAACCUUCACAUACGACUUCUCCUACGACUCCAUGGACUCUAAGAGCUCCCCAUUCGUCUCCCAGGAAAAGGUGUUCAAAGAUCUGGGCUCUGACGUGCUGAGGGCGGCAUUUGAAGGAUACAACGCCUGCGUGUUCGCCUACGGUCAGACCGGCUCGGGGAAGUCUUACACCAUGAUGGGAAAUCCUGGAGACGCAGGUCUGAUCCCGAGGUUCUGUGAAGGUUUGUUCACUCGUAUCGCUGCGACCACUCGAUGGGAUGAAGCUUCAUUUCGUGCAGAAGUCAGCUACCUGGAGAUCUACAACGAGAGGGUGAGAGACCUGCUGAGGAGGAAGUCCACUCAGACCUACAACCUGAGAGUCAGGGAGCACCCCAAGGACGGCCCGUAUGUAGAAGAUCUGUCCAAACACCUGGUGCAGAACUACAGCGACGUGGAGGAGCUGAUGGAGGCCGGAAACAUCAACCGCACCACCGCCAGCACGAGCAUGAACGACGUCAGCAGCCGCUCGCACGCCAUCUUCACCAUCAACUUCACACAGGCUAAGUUUGAUUCAGAGAUGCCCAGUGAGACGGUCAGUAAGAUCCACCUGGUGGACCUGGCCGGCAGCGAGCGAGCCGACGCCACGGGAGCCACGGGCGUCCGACUGAAGGAGGGAGGAAACAUCAACAAGUCCCUCGUCACCCUGGGCAACGUCAUCUCUGCUCUAGCGGACAUGUCUCAGGAUGGAGGGAACACCAACCUGAAGAAGAAGGCUGUGUUUGUUCCCUACAGAGACUCGGUGCUCACCUGGCUGCUCAAAGACAGCCUGGGCGGAAACUCCAAAACCAUCAUGAUCGCCAACGUUUCCCCCGCCGAUGUGAACUACGGAGAGACGCUGAGCACGCUGCGCUACGCUAACCGAGCCAAGAACAUCAUCAACAAACCCACCAUCAACGAGGACUGCAACGUCCGGCUGAUCAGAGAACUGCGAAAUGAGAUCGCCCGCCUGAAGGCUCUGCUGGUUCAGGGCAACCAGAUUGCUCUCCUGGACUCGCCCACUGCUCUCAGCAUGGAGGAGAAACUGCACCAGAAUGAAGCCCGAGUGUUGGAGCUGACUAAAGAGUGGACCAACAAGUGGAACGAGACGCAGAACAUUCUCAAGGAGGAGACUCUGGCUCUGAGGAAGGAGGGCAUCGGCGUAGUGCUGGACUCGGAGCUGCCUCACCUCAUCGGCAUCGACGACGACCUCCUCAGCACCGGCAUCAUCCUGUACCAUCUGAAGGAGGGACGGACAUAUGUGGGCAGAGAGGACGCGUCCACGGAGCAGGACAUCAUCCUGCACGGUCUGGACCUGGAGAGUGAGCACUGCAGGUUUGAGAACCAGAACGGGAAAGUGACUCUGGUGCCGCUCGGUAGAGCUCAGUGUUCGGUUAACGGAGUUCAGGUGACGGAGCGGUCGCAGCUCAACCAAGGUGCGGUGAUUCUGCUCGGCAGGACCAACAUGUUUCGGUUCAACCAUCCCAAAGAGGCGGCCAAGCUGAGGGAGAAACGAAAGAGUGGCGUCCUCUCUACGUUCAGCCUCUCCAUGACCGAUCUGUCCACGUCCUGUGAGAACCUGUCCACUGUGAUGCUCUACAACCCGGGUCUCUUCACUGAGAAGGGCCCCGUCUUCCUCAGGCUUGAGUUUGAGAGACAGCAGCGAGAAGAGCUGGAGAAACUGGAGCUGAAAAGGAGGCUGAUAAAGGACAUGGAGGAAAAGCACCAGAGUGAGAAGGCAGAGCUGGAGCGGCUGCAGCAGGAGGUGGAGAGUCAGCGCAAAGAGUCUGAGGAGGUGCAGCAGAGGAUCCUCCAUCAGGAGGAGAGCCUCCGCUCGCGCAGCCAGGACAUCGAGAGCCGCCUGCAAGACUUCCUGGCCGAGAAGGAGCGCUUCGAGGAGGAGCGACGCUUGGAGAAUCACACAGAGGACCUCCAGCGGCAGAAAGUGCAUCGGGAGGAAGACAUAGAGGAGGAGCAGGAGGAUGAAGAACAGCGGAGGCAGCAGCAGGAGGCGGCGGAGCAGACGGAGAUCUACCGAGAGCUGGAGAGGCUGAAGAGGGAGCGCGAGGAGCAGAAGGUUCGUCUGGAGACGGAGCGCCGGCGCCUGGAGGAGCAGGACCGCGAGCAGCUGAGCCUGGUGGGGCGUCUGGAGGAGCAGCUGAGGGAGAAACACGACGCCUCCUCCAUCCUGCUGACCCGGGAGGACGCCCGCCGCCUGGAGGAGGAGCGCCGGGCCCUGGCUGACAUCAGAGAGUCACUCCUCCGCGCUAAAGAGGCCUCAGAGCGGACGGACGUGGAGGACGCUGGCGGGAAGGAGGCGAGAUCUGCCCUGACGCGAUACACCGACUUCAAGGAGGCGCAGGUGAAGGAGCUGGGCCAGCUGGAGGAGGGGCUCCGGCAGCAGAGGGAGCGCCUGGAGAAGGAGGUUUCUGCGGAGAGAAACACUCUGCAGCACCUCAACCACGGACUCAAAGACCGGCACCAGCAGCUGAAGGAGACGCAGGAGAAUGGGGCGCAGGACGCUACAGCAGUGUCCCAGGAGGAGCAGCUGGUGAAGCAGGCGGAGCACAGGCUGCAGUUUAAGGAGCGACAGCUGGCCAGCGUUUCUGACGGACUCCUCCCCGCGCUGGCCGAGGAGAAGCUGAGAGCGGCCGAGAUGCUGGAGCGCAGCGGAGGAGGAAACAACGGGAACUGCGACAUCCCGCCGGGGCUCGACAACACGCUGUUCCAGGUGGAGAAGGAGCUGGAGGACAAGCAGGAGAAGCUGAGCCUCCACCUGCACAGCGCUCAGCAGCUGCAGCAGCUCCAGGAAACCUACGAGUUCACGGCCAACGUGGCGCGGCAGGAGGAGAAGGUGAGGAGGAAGGAGAAGGAGAUCCUGGAGUCCAAGGACAAGCAGCAGAGAGAGGCGAUGGAGCAGGCAGUGGCCCGGCUGGAGAGGAGGCACGCGGCCCUGAGGCGCAGCGUCUCUCUGGAGCCUGAAGCUGAGGAGCAGAGACACAACAGCUCCGCCAGGAACCUGAGGAGCGGAGCCGAGCUGGAGCAGCACAGGGUGGAGCGGGAGAUCCAGAAGCUGCGACAGAGGAUCAGUGAAGGAGAAGAGAACAACAGGAGUCACUCCAUCAGUAACGAGGAGAAGAGCAGCUCUCCGGUCAGCCACAUGCAGAGUCUGACCACGCUGCUGCCGCUGUCCGACGACAGGAUAAAUGCCUACAUUGAAGAGGAAGUCCAGCGGAGGUUACACAAGAUGAAUCUUCUCAAUGGCGGCAGCAGCAUGGAUCUGUCUCUGUCUCUCUCCUGCGAAUCUCUCAGGGAGGAGGAAGAAGCUAGUGACUGUAGCUCUGUUAGAUUAACAGAGGAGGAUGAGGAAAAGCAGAACAACAUGAAUCCGAGACGGCUCAAAUAUGAGAAAGCCUACGAGUUCGGGUCUAGCUUCCUACCUGCCCCGGAGCUUGAGGCUUACUCCCCUCCUCAAAACCAGAAAAACCUGUUGGAAGAACCAGAGAACGACCGCUUAAAGCUUCACAGAGAAGAAAAAGUAGAAUCAGCUGGAGAGUUGAUUAAAAAAGAGGAAGUGCCUUACAAAUAUGUCCACUACGACAAAUGGUGGCAAGAUGGAGUGACAGUACCCCAUGAAGAAGUUGCCCAAGAUGUCUGUAAACCUGAUCACUGUGACAUUGGACAACGCAAGCUUUUUGACACAUCGGCAAAUACAGAGAACAACGGAUUUGAUGAAAACAAAAACAUUCCUGAUAAGGAAGGAAACUCUUCUGCCUGCUGUGAACCCGAUAACAAGGUUGACGAUACAGCCAGCAAGCACCAAACAGGGAUAGAACAAGAUGGUGACCUUCCCAAUGGUCAAUCAUCAAAUUUGAAGAACUCUGUCAAUGGUAACAUCAGUGAGUCCGUAAAUAAGGCUAAUUCCAAAACUGAGAAAGUAGCAGCAAGCGGGGGCUAUGGUUUUGGUUAUUUUGCUGGAAAGUUGUCCGAAGUGUACAAAGACGCCAGUAGAACACUACAGGGCACAAGUGAAAUCGUUCGAAAUAUACAAGUGACUGAAAUGAAGGAUGUAGUCUCUCAGUAUGUGACCAUGAUGUCCAAAGAGCUGCCAUUAAUUAACCGAAUGCAACCGGAGCCACAACCAUGUUUUGAUGCCAAAGAAAACAAAGUCAGUCUGGUUAAUCUGUCCAAAGAUUGCGCCCUAAGUCUACCACAAAUGUACGGCAUGUCUACAAUCCCAGGCGUCUCCGAAUGGCCAGAAGGCUCUGUGUCGUCUCUCAAAGACCAAUGUCCUGAAGUGUUUUAUCAAAAGUUAGUCCAGCUGCCUCCAGCCUUGUCUGAGCUACAGACCUUUACAUCCCAGAAGAUGCUUGAAAAGUUGGAAUCUCUGAGUCCUCGAAAAGUCAACAAGCUCUUGAGUAUCUUCUGGCUCAAAGCUGCCAACAGUAAGCAGCCGAUAGCAAAGCCUGGGUGCUUGCUUUUGACCGAAAAGGAGAUAAUAGUGCUGUCAAGUGAAGCAAAUUCAGACGAAACCAUAACUAUUCGUCACCAUUUUAAUCUCCUGGAAAUCAAGAUGGUCCAGAUUAGCUUGGCAGGACAGCACGUUCGCCUAAUUGGCUCCACGGAAGACACCAUCUUGGUUGUUUUUACCCACAGCAAAGAGCUGACCCAGGACUUCUGCAAGGCUUUACUGAAGGUCCUUUCUCAGGGAAAGUCCUCUGAAGGGACUGAAGAUCACCCGUUGCUCUCCGGUGAUCUCAUGGUUCUCUCUUUGGAUUGGACGUCAAACAUUCCUGACAUAGUUCUGGAUAACGGACUUAAAGUUACCUGCCGAUUCAAGCACAUCCUCGCAGACUUGCUCUACUUCGUCCAUGGGAACAUGGAGGGUCCUGGCAAACCUUCUCUGGCACACAUUCGUCCUCUGCUCUACACCAGCGUCAAAGUCAAGGAUGUUCCCCGCUUGCCCAAAGACGCCAUUUAUCAGUUUCUCCUGACAGACAGUCAUGUGGUUCUUCUUCGGGAGGACGGUGUCUUUCACCCGGUGCCACGAGGAUCCAGUCUGCUUCUUGCUGUUCCUCAGUUUCAGGCAUUCAAACUCUGCCGGCGAUCAGACAUCAGAUGCCUGUUCGUGAGGAAGGAUGACAACUGCCUGGUGGUGGAUUUCACGUUUAAAAGUCAAAAAACAAAUACGCGAGAGAAGAAGAUUGAGUUCAGACGAGGCUCGGCUGACGUGUGCUCCAUCACCAAUUUGAGCAGUCAGGGUGAUUCCUGGAAGUUAUGUUUUGGAUGUAGCUCAGAAGCUGAGAUCUUGAUAAACCAUCUGUGUACUUGAGUUAAACACCUAAAGGCAGUUUCACUUGAAUUAAGUUACAAAUGCAACGUACUUAACUGCGUCCAAAAGGAAGAAAUUGAAAUGAAGAAAGAUAUUCAGUCACCUAUAAUUGUUUCGGGAUGUGUUAAAUAAGUUACCACAAAUUGACGGAAAAAGAGUUAAGAGACAUUUCUGGAAACAUGAUUAUUUAUAAUGUCAAAGUAAAAUUGAAGCAUUUAAAAUGAUUUUAGAUAUUCCAAUGUUAUUUUGUGAUUUCCUCAAAGUCCUAAAGAUUUUGUUUUUAAAUGAAGAAGCACAGAUCAUGUUAGGUUUAUAUUCAUUAUUAUUUAUUGUCAUUUCUGUUGUUUAUUUGUUGUUUUAAAUAAUAAAUGUACUUUUGAAUUUCAAUGUUUGUUUUUUUAAGUGUUUUUUUUGCUUUCUACUAUUUUAAGUCAUGUUGACAAUUCUUGAUUUUUGUUUGCCUUGCAAUCAUUUAUGGUUUAAACUUUAAAGGCAACAUUUUGUAGCUGCACUUUAAUUAUCGAUCGAAUGACUUAAAUAAAUGCUUUAUGAUAAGAAGUGAUUAAACAUAAAAUAUGAUUAAUAUGUAUUUAAAUCAGCAAUGUUUAAAGUGCCUUUAACUGUUAAUAAACAGGAUAAUAAAGAUUAAACACUCAGUGAUUCUUAUUGACCCAAUAUAUUUGGCAUUUCAAAUACACCAUUCAAGUAAAAAGAAAAUGGUUCAUAAUAAUGUUUUCUGAGUCAACCCUUUACUCUCCACUUCCUUUCUUGUUCUUCUCUUCUUUUCCUC